AUGGUUGGAAUAGCAGACAUAUUGAAUUAUAGCGACGAAGGCAUCGAACAGGACGAAUUAAACAAGCCAACUACUGAUUCGUCAAUAUUAGGCCACCGAAAAACAACUUCGCUAGCAAGACCAUCCUUUAGCCUGGAUGAACAGGCAAUGAUGUGGGAAACUAGCCAAGGUCGGCGUAAUAUGCCUAAAAGCAAAAUCAGUAAGAAGUACUUAGCAAACAAAAAAUUGGUACAGAUUUCGAUUCGAAGAAAAUCGACAAGUCGAAAAAGUAUACCAACAGAGCAAGCUUCAGGCGUGAAUACGUCGAAGUUGCACAUUAAGUACUUGGAGGCAAGUAUGCGAGUAAAGCUUACUAUGGCUCCAUCAAUAUUUGCAUUGUAUAAUUCACUUGUACCUCAUACUAAUCGAAAACAGGUGUUUUCAAUAAAGGAUCAUCAGGCGGUUUUCGACGAUAUUUCGAAAAAUAUGGAGACAUCAGUUUCAGAAACAUCAAUUACAAACCGAAAUUUGAAGUCGAAAUCGAUACAGUUGAUCGACAAUAACCUUGUCGAUUUGACAGGUUAUUCUUCCAAGGUAUUACGGACAUUUGGCAAAAAUAACGGUGUUGAUAAUAACAAUGAAAAUUCCUCCCAGUUGCCUACUUUUAAUUCCUUGGAUACAGCAGUUAGCUCACUAUUUGGUAUUACUGAUUAUACUUUGGUUAGAGUGACCCGGUCUACGUCCAAUGAUAAUGACGGUUCGGUAAUAUUAAAACUAGAAACUGCCAGAUCAGGGGAUUACUCCUUAAUAGAUGACGAGGAACUUGCGGACGACAUGAUUCACAGCAUUGGUAAGCCUUACGAUACGCCAAAUAGCUUAUUCAUAAAAAAGAUUGUUGCAAGACCUCGAUACAAAUCAGAUAUGAAAAUCUUUUUUAUCCCAAAGAUCCAAAACAUCUCAUUAUAUGCAGAUGAACGUAUGUUUGAGCGGGAUCUCAUUAACGGAAUCAUUGAUGUUGAUCAAUCACUUUGCAUUAGGAGCAUUUUCUGUAUUUUUAAAUUUGACCAUAUAUUGCAACAGUACAAAAAUCUAGUCUCUUUGACUGAGCAAGAUGAAGAAGGUGAUGAUGCGAAAUCAAUUGAAGAUGGGGUCCUAUCUGAAAAACCUGAUACUGAAAUGACCGUUGGCUACUAUAACUAA